AGAAGGCAUACUUCUAUUUUCCUCAUUUUGAAGUAGAUGAUGCUCACAUUCUAAACAAACCCAAAGUCCUUUUAACUUUCUAUGUUCCCAUUAUUUGAUUUCUCAGUCCUCCACAUUUAAAUCAAAUCCUCUCUCCUUAAACAAUUCUAUAAAUACAAACACCAACCUUAUUCCAACCACUCUUCAUACAACCAAAAAUAAGGAGAAAAAAAAGGGAAAAAAAAAAAAUGAACCUCCUCAUGAUAUGUCUCACCCUGCUUCUAUCACUCCAAACGUCCUCAUGUACACCAUGCAAAUUCCCUGCGAUAAUUAACUUCGGUGACUCCAAUUCCGAUACCGGCGGCCUCUCCGCCACCUUCGGCCCUGCUCCACCUCCAAAUGGAGAGACCUUCUUUCAUAUGCCGGCCGGUCGAUUCUCCGAUGGCCGUCUUAUUAUCGACUUUAUAGCUAAGAGUUUUGGUUUGGCAUACUUGAGCGCAUACUUAGACUCUUUAGGCACUAACUUUAGUCAUGGAGCCAAUUUUGCCACUGCUGGAUCAACCAUCAUGCAACCAAGUGCGCCACUAAAUAAAGGUGGCUAUAGUCCCUUCUCAUUACAAGUUCAGGUAUCCCAGUUCGCUCAGUUCAAAUCCAGGUCUCAAAUGAUCUCCAAAAAAGGGAAAGUUUUCAAAAGCUUGAUGCCGAAGAAGGAUUAUUUCAAAAAAGCUUUGUAUACAAUCGACAUCGGUCAAAACGAUCUCACCGAGCUUUUUUUUAGUAAUCAAUCUGCUGAUGAUUAUAUCCCAUUGACAAUGAAGGUGUUUAGUGAUGUCGUAGAAGAGGUGUAUAAACACGGAGGGCGAUACUUUUGGAUCCAUAACACGGGUCCUUUAGGUUGCCUGACCUAUGUUCUUCUCCGAAGACCAUCGUCGUCCAUGGAACUCGAUCCGGUUGGCUGCGCCGUGAUAUUCAAUAAAUUAGCACAAAAAUUCAAUAACAUGCUCAAUGAAACAGUGACACAGCUCAGAAAAGAUCUGCCUUCUGCAACAUUCAUCUAUGUAGAUGUUUACUCUGCUAAAUACAAUCUUUUUAGCAAGGCAGAAAAGUAUGGAUUUGAGAAGCCUCUGAGAACAUGCUGUGGAUAUGGUGGUGGUGAAUAUAACUUUGAUUUUAAUGUGAGAUGUGGAGACAAAGGCAUAGUUGAGGGGGAGGAAGUUUUAUUGGGGAAAUCAUGUUCACAUCCAGAGAAAAGCAUAAUUUGGGAUGGAGUUCAUUACACUGAAGCUGCAAACAAAUGGGUUUUCAAUGAGAUAGCCACUGGAAAAUAUUCACAUCCUUCUCUUCCUCUUUGCAAGGUCUGUUAUUGAAUAAUACCACCUUUAUUUAUUGGAAUGCAGUAUGACCAUUGUAUUUAUAUUUUAUAUAUAAAUACAUAUAUAAAUAAUUAUCUCUCA